AUGAGAACACGUUUACAAUCACCCAUUCGGAAAUCGGUGUCAAAAUAUGUUAAAUGUGGAUUAUCGCAAACACAAAUUAAAUCAUCAUUAGUUCAAGAUCAUCCCAAUGCUCCAAUAACGGAAACAAAGUUAAUCAAUUUAGUAUCGUACGAACGUCGAAAGGAUAGACCAGAGAUCUUUUCAGUUUUCGUUUUACAAAACUGGUGUAACGAACAUAAUGAAGGUAUCACAAGUUCUCAACAGACAGUGUUUCCACACAGUCGUCGUAUGAUGUGCUGGUUCCACAUGAUCCAAAAAUGCCGACUCCAUCGCAAUUUAGUCACAAAAGAACAGUACGAGGGUGCUGCGUUUGGUAAACCAUCCACGAAAAACGGUUGUGAAUCGAUGAAUGCCAUUAUAAAACAAAAAUAUACACUCCGUAAUAAGUUACAGCUAUCGGCGUUUCUACCAAAAAUGGAACAAAUGUUAACAGAUUGGUCAGAGGCAAGUAUUUCAUCACCAUUUGCUGCUGCUACAAGUAUAUCUCCUGAUACGGAGCUGUAUGCUUACAAAUGGUCAGUAAGUAUAAAUCGAUUUGAUAUUUUUCAUUGGUUUAAUACAUUUUAUGUUGUUCCAUCAUCCGGAUUAGGCAUUGUAUUCAACCUGUACCAGGUGACGGAUAAAACACGUUGUGAACCAUUGGGUAAGAGAAAAGGUAAAGGUCGUUGCAAUUAA